UUCUCACCAGGUCCAAAAAUUGACAAUCAAACAGAGAAAAGGCCAAAGCGUGUCCAUCUCUCUCGCUCGCUCUCUCUCUCUCUCUCACUCUCAACUCCCGCGGGAAUGCUGCCGUACCAGACGCUCGACGAGGCCUCGGCCGCGCUGGGCCGAAACCUGACCUACUCGGAGACCCUCUGGUUCACCUACUCGGCCCGGAAGUCCGACUACUUCCUCUACUGCCACACCAUUCUUUUUCUCUUCUUCGUCUUCUCAGUCAUCCCUCUCCCUCUCGUCUUCGUGGAGAUCGCGCGCAUGGUCGGCUUCGACCGCCACAAGAUUCAGCCCAAGGCCAGGCUGACUUUGCCCGAAAUGUUUCGCUGCUACAAGGACGUCAUGCGCCUCUUCUUUCUCAUCGUGGGUCCGCUGCAGCUCGUUUCUUAUCCUUCUGUUAAGAUGAUUGGGAUUCGAACGGGAUUGCCAUUGCCUUCAGGAUGGGAAAUUGUUGCACAGUUGGUAGUGUAUUUCAUGGUAGAGGAUUAUACGAAUUAUUGGAUCCACAGGUUUCUACAUAACAAAUGGGGUUACGAGAAGAUUCAUCGAGUUCACCAUGAAUAUACAGCUCCAAUUGGAUUUGCAGCACCAUAUGCGCAUUGGGCUGAAAUUUUGAUCCUCGGGAUUCCUUCUUUCCUCGGACCAGCCAUGGUGCCUGGCCACAUGAUCACGUUCUGGUUGUGGAUUGCUUUACGGCAGAUUGAGGCGAUAGAAACUCACAGCGGGUAUGACUUCCCUUGGAGUCCCACAAAAUAUAUUCCAUUUUAUGGUGGUGCUGAGUAUCAUGACUACCAUCAUUAUGUCGGAGGACAAAGCCAGAGCAACUUUGCUUCAGUUUUCACCUACUGUGAUUACAUUUAUGGAACUGACAAGGGCUAUCGGUUUCAGAAGAGGCUCUUUCAGAAGUUGAAUGGGGAGUUGGAAACCAGUGGGGAGCAGAAUGGAGGCUCAUACCAUAUUUCUACCCAAGAUCUUAAAUCUGACUAGUUGUGAUUCUGCAGAACCCUAUCUGGAACAAUGCCCUCUGUUAUGUUUCUCACCAGUGACAACUCUCUGAAAUCUCUGAUUAGAACUUAUAAGUAUGCUAGUCAAAGUGCAAGUCCUUAGUGGCUAAGGUGGACAUUAACUUGGGGAUCUUCAAAAUUCUGAUGCUAUGUAGCUCCAGGGGGCAGGGGAGGGGGGGACUUCUAUAAUGUCAGGGUUUCAGAAAUUUGAAAUUUUGGUGUUUUCUGCGUUGUGCUUUAAAACAGACUUUCAUGAAUUAGGAUCUGACUUCUCAUUUUGUAUGUAUAUCUUUUCAAAUUAAUAUGUUUUUUUUUUUUUU